CUCUAACUAGUAAUCAAUUACAGUAAAACACACUCUGUCUGUUUCUCACUAACACUAGCUAAACUGGUACUACCUUUCUUUCCACCGCCAUUAAAACCCCUCCAUUGGUUGUUUCCCACAUCAGAUUCACUCACAGCAAAAUGAAGCUCUGUUUCUUCUUCUUCUUCUUCUUCACAUUCUUCACCUUUGCCUUGGCUAGCAAUGUCUCCUAUGAUGGUCGCUCCCUCAUCAUUGAUGGCCAACGCAAGCUUCUUAUCUCUGCUUCCAUUCAUUACCCACGAAGUGUUCCUGCGAUGUGGCCUGGUCUUGUUCAAACAGCCAAGGAAGGAGGCGCGGAUGUGAUCGAAACCUAUGUUUUCUGGAAUGGCCAUGAACUUUCUCCUGGCAAUUAUUACUUUGGAGGAAGGUUUGAUCUGGUCAAGUUUGCCAAGAUUGUUCAGGAGGCUAAGAUGUACUUGAUUCUUCGAAUUGGCCCAUUUGUUGCUGCAGAAUGGAAUUAUGGUGGUGUACCAGUGUGGCUGCAUUAUGUUCCAGGCACUGUCUUUCGGACUUACAAUAAGCCUUUUAUGUAUCAUAUGCAGAAAUUUACAACAUACAUAGUGAACCUUAUGAAACAAGAGAAGCUUUUCGCCUCACAAGGGGGUCCCAUAAUCUUAUCCCAGAUAGAAAACGAAUAUGGAUACUAUGAAAAAUUUUAUGGAGACGAUGGUAAGAAAUAUGCCUUAUGGGCUGCAAAAAUGGCUGUGUCUCAAAAUAUAGGUGUCCCUUGGAUAAUGUGUCAACAAUGGGAUGCUCCAGAUCCUGUGAUUGAUACCUGUAACUCAUUCUACUGUGAUCAAUUUACACCUACCUCUCCAAAUAGGCCCAAAAUGUGGACUGAGAACUGGCCUGGAUGGUUUAAAACUUUUGGGGGCAGAGAUCCUCACAGGCCGGCAGAAGAUGUUGCAUUUUCUGUUGCUCGUUUCUUCCAGAAAGGUGGAAGUGUACAUAAUUACUACAUGUAUCAUGGAGGAACAAAUUUUGGGCGUACAGCAGGUGGCCCAUUCAUCACUACAAGUUAUGACUAUGAUGCCCCAAUAGAUGAGUAUGGGUUACCUAGACUUCCAAAGUGGGGGCAUCUGAAGGAACUUCACAGAGCUAUCAAGUUAUGUGAGCGUGUAUUGCUUAAUGGUAAAUCAGUCAAUAUCACCCUCAGUCCUUCUGUGGAGGCUGAUGUGUAUACUGACUCAUCUGGAGGCUGUGCUGCAUUUAUUGCUAAUAUUGAUGAUAAAAAUGAUAAGACAGUGGAGUUUCGCAAUGCAUCAUAUCACCUCCCAGCGUGGUCAGUUAGCAUCCUUCCUGAUUGCAAGAAUGUAGUGUUCAAUACAGCAAAGGUUACUUCCCAGACGAAUACAAUUGCGAUGAUUCCAGAGAAUUUGCAGCAAUCAAAUAAAGGUGUGAAAACUUUGCAAUGGGAUGUAUUGGAGGAGAAGCCGGGAAUCUGGGGGAAGGCAGACUUUGUUAAAAAUGGCUUUGUUGACCACAUAAAUACUACCAAAGAUACCACUGACUACCUGUGGCAUACAACAAGUAUAAUUGUUGGUGAAAAGGAGGAGUUUUUAAAGAACGGAAGCAAACCAAUUCUUCUAAUAGAAUCCAAGGGUCAUGCUCUCCAUGCUUUUGUGAAUCAGAUAUAUCAAGGAACUGCAACUGGGAACGGUUCACACUCAGCCUUCACUUAUAAGAAUCCCAUCUCUCUCCGGCCAGGGAAGAAUGAAAUCACUUUAUUGAGCUUGACUGUUGGCCUACAGACCGCAGGACCAUUUUAUGACUUCGUAGGGGCUGGACUAACAAGUGUGAAGAUUAAGGGACUCAACAAUGAGACACUAGACUUGUCUUCUUAUGCCUGGACUUACAAGAUUGGGGUACAAGGAGAACAUCUAAAGAUAUACCAGCAAGAUGGGUUAAAUAGUGUGAAAUGGACAUCUACUUCUGAACCACCCGUAGGGAAGCCAUUGACGUGGUAUAAGGCUGUUGUGGAUGCUCCACCUGGAGAUGAACCAGUUGGACUGGAUAUGUUGCAUAUGGGAAAAGGUCUAGCCUGGUUAAAUGGAGAAGAAAUUGGAAGAUAUUGGCCGAGGAUAAGUGAAUUCAAGAAUGAAGAUUGUGUUGAAAAAUGCGACUACAGAGGCAAAUUCAACCCUGACAAAUGUGACACUGGUUGUGGACAACCUACACAGCAAUGGUAUCAUGUUCCACGAUCUUGGUUCAAGCCAUCUGGAAAUGUUCUUGUAAUUUUCGAGGAGAAAGGUGGAGAUCCAAGAAAGAUUAGUUUUUUGAGACGAAAAGUGUCAGGGUUGUGUUCUCUUGUUGCUGAGGAUUACCCCUCUGUUGGACUCCUUGCUGAGGGUGAAGACAAAAUGGAGAACAACAAAAACGUUCCUUUUGCCCGUUUAACAUGCCCCAGUAACACUCUUAUAUCUGCUAUAAAAUUUGCUAGCUUUGGAACACCUUCUGGAACAUGUGGAUCUUACCUGAAGGGAGAUUGCCAUGAUCCAAAUUCUAGCAUAGUUGUUGAGAAGGCGUGCCUAAACAAAAAUGACUGUGUGAUAAAAUUAACUGAAGAGAAUUUCAAGACCAGUUUAUGUCCUGGUUUAUCAAGGACACUUGCGGUGGAAGCGGUUUGUAGCUGAUAAUAAUACUAUUGAUCUUGGGAGAGUUGAUUGGAACGUUGCAUUACACCAUUUAUUUUACUAGCUUGGUUGUAUCAAGUAAUGUAGUAGAUGACAUUUUUGCAUAUAGUUAUAGUUGUCAGCUAGUUUCUGCUGUAAAAUUUUGUGGCAGGGAAAUCUGCUAUAAAAGUUUUCAUGAGGGUGUGAGCCAUAAUCAAAGCAUUUCUACUCAAUUUCACUUUUUAGUGUCUAUUGAUUUUAAUA